CCCAUUUUACAUCCGACUUCCUAGUACGUCAACAACUUCAUAUAUACUAUUUUGUGUAGAUAUUAAACGAUGAUCAUAACUACUAGGUUACAGACACCGCUGCUGAAGCAUGUGGUUUGUAUAAUAGCUAUGGGUGAAGUCAAAAACGUAGGUUCAGGCUUUACCACUGAGUUACGAGGUACGAAGUGUGUCAAGUGGCAGACUUGGAACUUUCUUCUCAAAGUGCACCACAUAUAUAGGUCAUUAUAUACUUAUCUACGUGUUAAAGAUACAAAUGUCCUUAUGGUUGUACUCUAUAUACUGAAAGUGUAGUGUUUUGUGUGUAUCGUUCAGCGAACAGCUUAAUUGGUUUUUUAAAAACCUGUUUCCCUACCUCGUCUCCUGAUCUAUACAACGGUUUGAAGUUUGAAAUAUCACUGGUCUAAAUUACGGUUGUUUCAAGCCGCCGGGUAGCACAGAAUUAAUCUUACCGAACAGUUGCAUUUAUACUCCAUCUCCUAAAUCUUUAGUUUGGUGUCAUUUUGUAUUUUUGAUCCUUAAUUUUCGUUCGUGACUUGUGAAUUGUAUUCCUCAUGCUUAGAUUUAUUGCACUUUAUAUCUUUCCUUUUACUCGCUACAUCUCGGUGAUUUUCCGUCUGCGACGUUAACACUGGCAAACUGAAACAGUAAAUCAUUUGACGCUUUACAAACUCCAUCGAUCUAGAUGACUCAGAUUUGUGUUAUAUGUAUUAAUUGAAUGAAACACGAGGUAGGACAUAUAUUAGGCACUGUUUCAAAAAAUUAGUCUCACUGAUAUAAAGCAGAAACUAGAAAGUGAUUAUCUUAGAGUUAUGAAGGUUCUUGGUCUAUAUAAAGUGAGAAAAAUGGUGAUGCGUUAGAUUUUUAAGAUACAAAACGAGUUAAGAAACGAAGCCACGCCACACCACUUAUGCAUUUUGAGUUAUGAUACCUAUGAUGGCUUUAAUCAUUAAGUCCGCAUUGUUAAAAUGGCUUAAACUUACAGUCAGUAACUGCAUGAAUCAGUGUAGUUAUGAGGUCUCUUCACAGCAUUUUCCAGAUUCAGCAAUGCUCUAGGCAGCAAUCCAUAUUCCUGCAGGGUAUGGAUCAUGAUAUUAAUUACGUCCUUCAAUCACUACAACCACCAAAAAGCUACAAUUUUUACUGACACCUUUCAUGUACGACUCUACAUCCCGUCAAGUCAAAUUCGUUAUAGACUUCCAAUCCUCGGAUAAUUUAAGCGUGAAAUGUUCUUGCAAUAGUUUACUAGUUCAGUCGGUAUUUCUUCCACUAUAUCAUUAGCAUAAAAAUGUUUCUUCACUAACCAUGUUUCAGAACGAAGAUACUGUAUAAGGUACGAAAUUAUAUAUUCUGCAAAAUGACAUUGUAAAAACAUAUGUUUUAUCUGUUUGCAUCACAUCCGAAAUCUUUUCAUCUAGAUUGUUGUGAACUAUAGUGUAAAAUAACAACAACCUGAAUAACUAACUGUUAAUUAGUGUAUAACUAUGUAUGCUUUAGUUAAAUUUGGUCCAGUCCAGUAAACAAGUAUGCGUUAGCGCAUAAGAAAUGUUUACAAGCGCAUUGACUUACUUUUAGGUCUAAGAUGGUACUCUGAUGCUGAAUUUAUUGUGUUUAUAAUACAGUAAUAUAAAUCAUGUUUUGUUUUUGAAAAUCUUCAGCCUGUCUUUUGUUCGGACAAUGAGUUAGUAGUACCCUCGUUUUCUAUGUGUUUAGCUCAAAAUACAAACUAAAAAUGGGAAAUUUUUGUGCUUGUUGUGCUUGGAAGUCUCAUGACAAACCGAUGGGUGAGACAAAUGCCAUCAAUUAUGGAUCUGCUGUUUCUAAUCAUGUUGGUCAUAUAGGAAAAUCACAACCAGGUUGCCACUCGGAAUGUGCGAAGGAUGGUUUAUCUGGUUACCACCCUUUAUCAAAUGAUCCUCCACAUUUAAAUAAUUCUCAUCCUUAUCAUCGUCCAGAUAAUCGCAUUUCCAGAGCGGGGCACAACGGUCCGGCUCCUCCAGGAGAUAUACAAGGGGUGAGAGACUUUUCUUAUCGAACAAAAGGGGACUUUGGUAUGAGCGCCGAACCUUCAGACUUCAUGCUUUCCUCAGUUUACACUCAAUCAAGUACUUCAAACUUGCAGCAUAUCUCAGAGAGAGAACCAGAUGAUACCGAAGCUGAUCCAUCUUUAAAUCCAACUAAAAGAACAUUAUUUAUGCAACGUUCAAGUAAAGACAUUGAAAAAAAACUUCGUGAAAUUCGAACUAAAUACGAUCGUAGUGUUCCACGAACUCGUCAAAAUACCAUUCCUUUACUUUAUCGUUCCAGUUCUACAUCAACUAUAUGGCUGCAUGAUUCAACUGUAACUAGACCAGAUCCUAAAUCCACUGUUCGCGCAUUAGCUCAAGCAAUUUAUUUACAGAUUAAGCAUAGAAAUCAUAAAAUUGCUUGUGAUCCUAUGAUUGAAAUAUUCGAUGAGUCGUUACAUCCUAUACAGAAUGAGCCAGUUCCUUUUGAUUAUGCUACACGUGAUCCAGAUUUGAAAACAGUAUAUCGGUUCAUUCGUAAUUUAUUCCAAAUGGCCCAGCUUUCUCCAGAAUGUGCAAUUGUUACUAUGGUUUACUUGGAACGUCUUUUGACUAGUGCUGAGACAGAAUUGACACCAAGUUCUUGGAAAAGAAUAGUUUUAUGCGCUAUAGUACUGGCUAGUAAAGUUUGGGAUGAUCAAGCUGUUUGGAAUGUAGAUUACUGUCAAAUUUUAAAAGAUAUGCAAGUUGAUGAUGUAAAUGAAUUGGAAAGACGAUUUUUAGAAAUAAUUCAAUUCAAUAUUAAUGUACCUAGUUCAGUUUAUGCGAAAUAUUAUUUUGAUAUCAGAUCACUAUGUGGACCUAGUUAUCAGCCAACUUUAUUAUCUACUGAUCGUGCCUAUAAACUUGAAGCAUUCUCACGAGUAAUGGACGAUCAAUUUCAUGAUAUUGUUCAAAAGUAUCUUACCAAGAAAAAAUGGGGCAGUUUGGAUAACUUAACAUCUUCACCUUCAUUUCGACGUGCCAUUAUAUCUUGAAAUAGCUGUACCAACCGAUUAAUGUUUUUCUUUACAUUCUGCAAUAACGUGACAAUUUAAUUAUUGACUGGUUUUAGUUACCAUUUUCGGCAAGUACUUUCGAGCCUCCUAAUAUCCGUCCUACAUUACUAUUCUAUCGUUUUAUUCUAUUAAGAAUAUCAUUAUUGACUAACUUUUUUUAAGUACGUGUACACCAGACUCUCCAGUGUCUCAUAUACACACAUUUUGUAAUCUCAUUGAUCUCAAUUUACUUCUUCAACUGACAGACAAAAGAAUUGCAUUUGUGUAUAGUAAUUCACACGUACAAAUCAUUUGUUGAAUUACAAAGAAUUUCUGCUUCAUAAGAAACAUUAUUACUAAUUAUUAAAUUUCAGUAUAUACAUAUAUAGUAUGCAUGCUUUUUAUAACAAUGUAAUAUUUGCCUAUUUGUAUUCCCUUUAUUGUUCUUACUUAUUACUAUUGCUCAAAGUUUUUUCUCUCUAUGUAAAUUUUGGUGGUCUUUCAACACAAAUUUUAAGUUUAACUAUAUACGUGUGCAUACUGUCAUUUUGAAUUAUUGUGGCUUUUGUUUGUUUAUAUUUUUUAAAAUUUCUGGUGAAUUUUAUUUGUUGCAUGCAUUUUCCUCAGUUGAUUUCUUAUUCUUCUGUCUGUUUUAAUGAAAAGAUAAUGGGUAAACUAUAUAUAUAUAUAUAUAUAUAU